CUCUUCCCUCCGAAUCAAUAAAGAAGGAAGCUCGUUAUAGGACGGUUUUAUAUACUAUGUGCUCCUUCUCUUCACAUCAUCAAUUCAGAAUCAGAGGAGUGUAGGAGCAUCAAACUUCACAGUACCCUCCUACUUGUCAACUCUUCCGGAGAGGAGCAAUGAAGACAGAGUUGAAGAAGAAGAUAUCUAAGUCUUCAUGGCCUAAAUUGGAUGUGAAGAAGUGGCUGAAUACCAAGAGUGGCGAUGACAAGUUUCAGUCAGAUUACUACUCUAUAGCAGAGGGGUGGUUGACGGAUGCUGCAGCCAAUGGAAUGAAACAUUCGGUAAUUGGAAAAGAAGGACCACCACCUGUCACUCACACUGACAUGCUCAUUAGUAGGAUGUUUGUGGGAACAUGGAAUGUGGGAGGAAAGUCACCAAACGAGGAAUUGAACUUGAAGGAUUGGUUGAUGCUGCCUUCACCAGCUGAAAUCUAUGUCAUUGGGUUCCAAGAAAUUAUCCCACUAAAUGCAGGGAACGUGCUUGGGCCAGAAGACAGUGGCCCAGCAGGGAAGUGGCUGGGACUCAUUCGUGAAGCCUUGAACUCUAGCCCAAGUGAGAAGCAACACUAUUGCCUAGUAGCAAGCAAGCAAAUGGUGGGUAUCUUCUUGUGCGUGUGGGUACGAAGGGAUAUUUACAAGCACGUCACCAAUUUAAAACUCUCAUGCGUUGGUAGAGGCAUCAUGGGUUAUCUAGGAAAUAAGGGCUCAGUAUCAAUUAGCAUGACAUUGUACAACAGCACCUUUUGCUUUGUGUGCACCCACUUGGCCUCCGGAGAGAAAGAUGGUGAUGAGAUGCGAAGAAAUUUAGACGUAUCAGAAAUCUUGAAGAAAACUAAAUUUUCUCCCUUGUUUCCUCAAACCAUUAUGGAACAUGAUAAUAUUAUUUGGCUUGGGGAUUUGAAUUAUCGGCUUGCCGCCGGUUACAAUGAUACACAUGAGCUGCUUAAGAAAAAAAAUUGGCCGGCCCUGUUGGAGAAGGAUCAGCUAAGAAUAGAGCAGAGAGCUGGUCGAGUAUUCAAAGAAUGGAAAGAAGGGAAUAUACAUUUUGCUCCUACUUACAAAUAUUUAUUCAAUUCUGACCAGUAUGUUGCCCAAACCUCCAAGUCCAAGCAAAAACGUAGGACUCCGGCAUGGUGUGACCGGAUUCUGUGGAAGGGGGAAGGCCUUGAGCAAUUGUGGUACCAGCGUGGAGAGUCCAAAUUCUCAGACCACAGGCCUGUGUAUUCACUCUUCUCAGUUCAUGUCAACUUAAUCUCAUCAAGGCCAUGCUCAUCUAGACCCUUCACAAAUGCUGCAGCAUCAUGUGCUGCAAAAGUUCAGGCAGAGGAGCAGCUCUUGUUGCUAACCAGGGCACAAAAAAUUGCAUAGACAAUGACCAAUUUCCAAGAAAGUGAAAAACUGACAUGACCACCAAGUAGCAAUGUUCCCUGACACAAGUGUGAAGAAGCAUGGUUAAUGUUCCUUGCAUUUUUUGGGACAGGAAGAAACAAAGUUUCAUGACUAAAAUAUGUUACAUGCGAGUCUUGGCAUCCACCUUUUUGGUUUGAGCUAACAAUGAUUAGAAAGAAAGGCAUGGUGGAGGUGAAUCAUUCAUUGACAGCAGAGGAAUGAAAUUAAGUAACAGAACAGAUAGGCCUAUAAAAAAAAAAGUAACAGAACAGACAGAAGCAUGCGUGUUCUAUUCAUUCUUUUGUGUAUUAUAUUUAUGGGUGUCAUUGGAGGCUGAGCUUUUGAUAAAAGUUGUAUCAGCUUGGCUCUCUUCAUAAUGUUUGCUUCCUAGGAAUGAUUUUUAUUCUUUGCUAAUCAGGAAUGGUGGGACUCAUCGCCGUCCAAAGUUGUAGAUUUAUAAUUGAUGAAGAUCUUUAUCAGUUUAGUUAUCAAUAUAUGAUAUCCAAUGUAACACAUGUAGUGCAGUUCACCAUGAUAUACAUUCCAACUCAUUGUAAUGCUGGAUUUUGUUUA